CCCCAAGGCGCUCCAGGGCUCCACCGGGCACCUCAGAGCUGCCGCGGCAGCCCUUGGCGUGCGGGGGGCGCCCGUGACAGCGGUGCUGCUGUGCUUGCCACGCCGGCUCCAGGCAGCUGCCGACCUCCCUGGCGCGGCCCCAUCGCCCGGCGGGAUGGGCGGCGAGGCGGGGUCCGCGGCGGCCGUGGGCUCCGAGGGCCGCGUAAAGAGCCUGGGUCUGGUGUUCGAGGAUGAGCGCAAGGGCUGCUACUCGAGCGGCGAGACGGUGGCGGGACACGUGCUGCUGGAAGCGGCCGAGCCGGUGGCCCUGCGCGCACUGCGCCUGGAGGCCCACGGCCGAGCCAUUGCCGCCUGGGGCCCGAGCCCGGGCGCCGCGGCCCCGGCCGCCGCCUCGGAGGUGGAGUACCUGAACGUGCGCCUGAGCCUGCGCGAACCCCCGGCCGGUGAAGGCAUCCUCUUAUUACAGCCAGGAAAACAUGAAUUUCCAUUUAGCUUUCAACUUCCAUCUGAACCUUUAGUAACCUCGUUCACUGGGAAAUACGGAAGUAUUCAGUACUGUGUGCGGGCAGUUUUGGAACGACCCAAGGUACCUGAUCAGAGUGUGAAGCGGGAGCUUCAGGUUGUUAGUCACAUUGAUGUCAACACACCAGCAUUAUUAACCCCUGUAUUGAAAACUCAAGAGAAAAUGGUUGGCUGUUGGUUUUUCACGUCUGGUCCUGUCUCACUGAGUGCCAAAAUCGAAAGAAAAGGAUACUGUAAUGGAGAAGACAUUCCAAUCUAUGCAGAGAUAGAGAAUUGUUCCUCUCGGCUGAUUGUUCCCAAAGCUGCUAUUUUCCAAACCCAGACAUACUUGGCGAGUGGGAGAACAAAGACCGUCCGGCACAUGGUGGCCAACGUACGAGGAAACCACAUUGCAUCUGGGGGCACUGACACGUGGAAUGGGAAGACUCUCAAAAUCCCACCUGUUACCCCGUCCAUCCUGGAUUGCUGCAUUAUCAGAAUAGACUAUUCCUUAGCUGUGUACAUUCACAUUCCUGGUGCUAAAAAAUUGAUGCUCGAGCUGCCCUUAGUGAUUGGCACGAUUCCAUACCAUGGUUUUGGCAGCAGAAACUCCAGCAUUGCCAGCCAGUUCAGUAUGGAUCUGAGCUGGCUGACGCUGACCCUGCCAGAGCAGCCCGAAGCACCACCAAAUUACGCAGACGUGGUGUCAGAGGAGGAAUUCUCUAGACAUGUGCCUCCUUACCCUCAGCCCCCUAACUGUGAGGGGGAAGCAUGCUGUCCCAUGUUCGCCUGCAUACAGGAAUUCCGGUUUCACCCUCCGCCUCUUUAUUCAGAGGUUGAUCCAUAUCCUCCUGAUGUAGAAGAGACCCAGCCUGUUUCCUUCAUUCUCUGAACAAAUGUCAGAAAUCACUGUGUUCAUCAUCAAAUUAGAAAACAGUUCCUUUCCCCCUGCCUUUUUGGAAAAGAGGGAGAGAAAAGGCGUGUAAGAACAUAAAUGAACAUCCAGAUUGAAGGUGAUAGAAAUUAAAGAACAUGUGAACUUCCCAGUGGGCCGACGGGAUCAUUGCACAAGUUGAUGAUACGGUCAU